AUGUCCGACUACCCCGAUACUCCUGUCUCCGAGGUGUCUGCGGAGCCUGUGGAGGGUGAUUUUGAUGGCUUGACCGAUGACCCUCCGCGUCCAGUCCGAACCGAUUCUGCAGCAUCGUACGAAAGUCUCGACCGACAUCGGCGACGAAAUCCUCGUACGCGACGUCCAGUGAAGGAAACGCUGAAUGCCCGGUCGCAAUAUACAACCAGCCAGGAUGACGGUACCGCCGAGCAUCAUAUUAAUCAAUAUGUGAUUCGACAAGAAAUUGGCCGGGGAUCCUUUGGGGCAGUCCAUCUGGCCUCGGACCAGUUUGGUAACGAAUAUGCAGUGAAGGAAUUCUCGAAAUCCCGAUUGCGAAAGCGCGCUCAGUCGCAUCUUCUGCGCCGACCACGGGGCCCAAAACGGCCUGGAACUGGUUUGAACUCGCCAUUGCACCGCCAUCCGUCAGGCAGCGAUGACUCCGAGACCGACAAGAACCCAUUGUACCUGAUUAAGGAGGAGAUUGCCAUUAUGAAGAAACUCGACCACGGCAACUUGGUGUCCCUGAUUGAAGUGCUGGACGACCCGACGGAAGAUUCGCUGUAUAUGGUAAUGGAGAUGUGCAAGAAGGGCGUGGUGAUGAAAGUCGGACUGGAGGAACAGGCCGAUCCAUACGAUGACGAGCAGUGCCGCUGCUGGUUCCGUGAUCUGAUAUUAGGGAUUGAAUACCUUCAUGCACAAGGAAUCGUACACCGCGAUAUCAAGCCGGACAAUUGUCUUGUGACCAGCGACGACGUGCUCAAAGUGGUAGAUUUCGGAGUUUCAGAGAUGUUCGCCAAAGAUUCGACUAUGUUCACUGCUAAGUCAGCCGGAUCGCCUGCUUUCCUUCCUCCAGAGCUUUGCGUUGUCAAACACGGCGAUGUUUCCGGGAAAGCAGCGGACAUUUGGUCCAUGGGUGUGACAUUGUAUUGCCUUCGCUACGGGAAACUGCCCUUUGUGAAACAGAGCAUCUUCGAAUUGUAUGACAGUAUCAGGGCGGAUCCAGUGGUUUGUCCAGAUGAGCCAGAUGAGCGGUUCAAGGAUUUGAUUCAUCGUAUUCUGGAGAAGGACCCUGCGAAGCGAAUUGACAUGCACGCGUUGAGAGAACAUCCAUGGGUGACGAUGAAUGGCGCUGACCCUCUUCUGUCUGAAGAAGAGAACACGGCUCAUGAAGUUGAGCCACCGACAGAAGAGGAGAUGAAUGCCGCCAUUACAAAAAACAUGGGCCGCCUCAUGACUGUGAUGAAAGCUGUCAAGAACUUCCGGCGCCUAGUUGAUCCACAUAAAGCAGGCCAUGCGAUGCAAAGUAUACUCGGAGGAGACAUCGAGCCCAACUUCGUUGAGCCACCGAUGGAGAUCGAUCCAGAAGACAACUUCCCCCAGGUCGGGCUUGACCUUACCGCCAAAAGCCCUGGGUUUGGCCCCAUCCGGAAAAUGAUGGAGCGGAGCACUGCACUGGGCGACGACGUGGGAUUGAGUGACUCAAGUCAAAGCCCAAUGAGCAGCAAGCGGCCCAGUGGUGUAUUUGAACCAGAGCGAAAAGACUCUGGAUCAAUACGCAGCGGGCGUUCGGCUCGAAAAGCCGAUUUCGACACUUCUCACUCCCAGUCAGCAUCUCCAAUUCCUCUUUCUCGGGCAAGCUCGGCGACGACAAAACGCAGCAUUGAAGGCACAAAAGGUCAUGCUCGAGAUCCAUUAGAGUGCGAGUUCCCCUAUCUUUUCAUCGGACCUUCUACAUACACUGGCACCUCGUCCCAGGAGCCUAGUGACUUGAGCAUUGGUAGCGAUCCUGCUCCACUAAUUACGGGGCCUGAAAGUGUAUUGGAAGGAGACAACGCAGAAUUGCCCAUGGACAAUGUGCAGAUGGUCAGCGAGUCUCCUGGGGCUGCCGACUUUGACAUUUACGAAACGGCUUAUCGCAGCGAACUCGAGCGUAUCAACAGUCACUCUAUUGAGAAGGAAGUCAACCCCAAGGUUUAUCUCACUCGGCGAGUCCAGAACAAAGACGAAGUCCUUCAAUUUGUUAAGGACAAAGCGAUAGACUUGCAGACUGGGGCGAAGAACAUCAUGUCGCCGUCUUCAAAAGGCGCAACAGCCUUUGGUGCGGCCGUCAGUUUAUUGCGGGCCCAGAUAGAGCAGCAGAAGGAAAUGGAAGGAGAGUUACAAGGGGAGCAGAAUGAGCAGGAAGUCUCUGGCUCGAGCGGUCAGCCCUCCGAACGCCAAACAUCAAACCCGUCAUUAUCAUCCUUUCCAUUCCAGUCUAUACCCGGUCCGGAGACCUCAUCCCUUGAAGCAACUGGGGUUGCUGCUGAGCCCUAUUUAGGAGAAGAUACAGCGACUAAAAUGCGCCGGCUUCUUGGUAAGGCUCGGGAGAAAGAUGAGUAG